AUGAGAGGCUCAGACGAUCAAGAUUCAUAUCCAUCGUCACUGGAGCUACCAGAACUCGCUACACCAGAGACAGGCAGCACCCUCAAGCCCAGUUCGUCAACGGAUAUGGAGAUAUUACAACACAUUGAUCCAGCAAACCCUUUUGCCUUCUCGCAGGAGCAAAUGACAAGCAUAGUAGACCACAAGCACUUUCAGUUUCUGCAACAUGUAGGCGGCAUUGAUGGCCUUGCCAAAGGGCUACACUCUAGCAUCAAGUCAGGGCUUGACUGGAACGAAACUAAUCUCGCUUACAUUCGCAUAUUUGAUUUACAAAAUGAAAAGAAGCAGCAAAAAGAGGAAGAGCAGGAGGCCUUCUAUGAUGCCCAGUUUCCGCUGUCCUUGCACGAUUCAGAAACAUUCAUACAACGAAGACAAGUAUUUGGCUCCAAUGUACUGCCGAUAGUGGAAGAAGUGACAUUAUUGCAACUGAUGUGGGAGUCGUUUCAAGACAAAACACUGAUAUUGUUGACCAUUUCAGCCAUGGUUUCACUGACAGUAGGCAUUUACGAGGACAUUCACACCAUCGAGUACGACACAUUUGGCAACAAGAUACCUGGUGUAAAAUGGGUGGAAGGCGUAGCUAUUAUUGUCGCUGUUGUGCUGGUCGUUGUCGUAGGCAGUGUCAAUGACUAUCAAAAGGAAAAGCAAUUCCGUAGCUUGAAUGCCAAAAAGGAGGAUCGACACGUAUCAGCUAUUCGAUCAGGCAAACAUGUGCUGCUAUCUGUCAACGAUGUUCAAGUAGGUGAUAUUCUCAAGCUGGAGCCAGGAGACAUUGUGUGCGCAGAUGGUGUGUUUAUCGAAGGACACAACUUGAAGUGCGAUGAAUCAGCAGCGACAGGCGAAUCGAAUGCAGUGCGAAAGCUCCCUUGGAAAGAGUGCCACCACUACCAACAAGCACAUCGAGACUCGUUUCAUUCACUGGUCUGUAUAUCCGAAGAGGAUUUUGUUGCGCAUAAGGAGCAGAGAAACAACGAUGAGUUUGGAGAGAGACAGCCUGACCCUUUCCUGAUUUCAGGGUCCAAGAUCAUUGAGGGCAUCUGCAGCUACCUUGUUACAGCCAUUGGGCCCAAUUCGUUUCAUGGACGUACACUGAUGGCUCUUCGCACCAAAGAUGAGAACACACCGCUGCAAGACAAGCUGGAUGUGCUGGCAACCAGUAUUGCCAAGUGUGGUUUAGGCGCUGCUGUGUUUCUAUUGUCCGUAUUGCUCAUCCGCAGCAUCGUGGGUUACGCAACCGGCAGCCUGUCCUCCGUGCCUUCAGAUGUCGCGUCUCAUAUCAUGCAAAUCUUGAUUACUACAGUUACAGUCAUUGUCGUUGCCGUGCCUGAGGGAUUGCCACUGGCUGUUACGCUGGCUUUGGCCUACGCUACACAGAGAAUGUUAAAAGACAACAACCUUGUACGAGUUUUGGCAGCGUGUGAGACAAUGGGUAACGCGACCACCAUCUGUUCAGACAAGACAGGCACCUUGACACAAAACAGAAUGGCUGUGGUCGCGGGCACAUUUGGCUCCUCCUUUCGAUUCCUCAGAGAUCCACCGGCAUCCAGGACGGAUCUCAUCGAUACCGCACAUGUCAAGUCCAAGAUACCCCAUGCUGUGCGCAACUUUAUCAACCAAGCCAUGGCUGUCAACUCGACAGCCUUUCAAAACACCAAUGCUGUGGGCGACACAUCGCUGGUAGGCAACAAGACGGAAACUGCCAUGCUCAACUUUGCUCAGGAGCAUAUGGGAUCAGAGCCAUUUGAGCUAUUACGCACCUUUUGGCAGGUGGAAGCCGUGUUUCCAUUUAGUUCCUCACGUAAAGCCAUGGCUACGGUGAUUCGUAUCCCAACAGAGGGUGCUCCCAUCUACCGUGUACAUCUCAAGGGCGCUUCUGAGCUGCUAUUGAGCAAGUGCGCUCGCAUUGUCUCCAUGCAUGAUCCAUCCUAUCGCUAUCAAGACACACACCAGUACGACAUUGCAACACGCACAAUGACGACCGAGAACAGGAGCAGAAUGUCCAAGAUCAUACAAAGCUAUGCUACUCGCUGUCUGCGAACGCUGGCCAUCUGCUAUCAAGACUUUGAGAGUUGGCCCACACAUACCAAGAUUGAACAGGUGAUUGCAAGUGGUGGAUUAACACUGCUCGGUAUCGUCGGCAUUGAGGAUCCAUUGCGUUCUGGUGUUACUGAAGCAGUGUCAGCGUGCCAACGAGCUGGUGUUUUUGUGAGGAUGAUUACGGGUGACAACAUGCUGACUGCAAAGUCCAUUGCUCGUCAAUGCGGCAUCUACUCGUAUGGCUCGAUUGCUAUGGAUGGGCCCACGUUUCGACAGUUGAGUACAACAGAGCGCAUGCAAGUACUUCCAAGGCUGUCUGUGCUGGCGAGAUCAAGUCCGGAAGAUAAGCGAUUGCUGGUCAACGCAUUACGCGAAACAGGAGAGAUUGUGGCAGUAACUGGGGAUGGCACCAAUGAUGGACCUGCUCUCAAAGCAGCUGAUGUGGGCUUUAGUAUGGGUAUCGCAGGCACAGAAGUAGCCAAGGAGGCCUCCAGCAUCAUUCUGAUGGACGACAACUUUUCAAGCAUUGUACGAGCCAUCUCAUGGGGUCGAUGUGUCAAUGACUCAGUCAAGAAGUUUCUGCAAUUCCAGUUGACCAUCAACAUCACCGCAGUCAUGCUCACCAUCUUUUCAGCCAUUGUCAGCAGCAAACAGAAAUCAGUGCUUUCUGCGGUGCAACUCUUGUGGGUGAAUUUGAUCAUGGAUACGUUUGCUGCUUUGGCUCUUGCCACUGAUCCGCCUUCCCCUGAUUUGCUGAAUAGACUACCAGAGGCAAGAACAGACCCACUGAUUGACACUUGCAUGUGGAAAAUGAUCAUAGGACAGUCCAUCUAUCAACUCGGCGUCAUUUUAGUAUUGUUGUAUACGGACAUUCUCCAUUUAAGCCAUGAUUUAGCAACAUUGCAAACUGUCAUUUUCACCACAUUUGUGUUUUGCCAGAUAUUCAAUGAAGUCAACUGUAGACGCAUAGACAAUCAGCUAAACGUUUUUAAAGGGAUCUAUCAAAACAAGUUCUUUAUGCUGAUCUUUUCCAUCAGUGUUAUUGGCCAGAUUGUCAUUGUUUGUUAUGGUGGAACAGCGUUUCAAACAGUGCGAUUGUCCAAGAGCCAUUGGCUGCUUUGCGUCCUUAUUGGAUUAGCAUCUAUUCCUAUCGGGGUCAUGAUUCGGCUGGUACCAGAUACAUUGCUUCAAGUUUCACACAGACAAAAGACCCGAAUUGAGGUGAAUCAGCACAACGAAUGCAAUGCUUAUGAGCUAGCAACAUGCAAGGAGCAGCAACCAAAUCGGCCAUCAGCUACCACAAAUGAUUCGUAUCAAGGAGGACUUAUUGAUUGCUCUCGCAUGGUAUAA